GCUCGAACGCGCAGCCCAUACUGACCACGAGCAGCCAGGGCAUGAUCGGCUUCGCGGGCCUGUGGAACCUCGCCGAUCCGGCGUGCAAGUGCGACCCGCGCUUCAUCCAGUACAUGCUGGACGACUGCUGGGUCCCCGAGUGCCACGGAGCCUCGCAGUCCGACCCGGAGAGCGACUCGUCGUGCGUCCCGUCG